AUGUCAACUUCUUUUUAUGGCGAUCACUAUUCUAGUUAUUUUAAUGUUAGCAGAGUUAGAAAAGUUAGUUCAGAAACCAGUGAGAGCGUCACUACCUCCACUACCCUCGCUACCUCCACAAGUUCUAUUACCUCUAAUAAAAGUACUUCUGCUGUUCAUAAGCCUAUUGAAGACGAAGAAUUAAGAAAGCUCCGACGAUUAUGGUGGGAAGAGGGCAACAUACAUCCACAAGCAAAAUGGGAAGAGGCCAAACUUCCAUAUGUCAUUGCCAAGGAUAUCACAUUAGAUGAGUAUGAAAAACGUACAGAUGAAUUUAACGUCCAUGGUCUUUGGGAAUGGAUCAAUUAUGAAGUCAUCAUUUAUGAACUCCCAUUAAAACGCCACGAAACCUUUAUUGGUUCGAUCACCUCAGAAAUAAUGGAGAAAUGUCUUCCUGCUAAACGAACCGAUGCCGAAAUUGGGAAUCUUGGCGCAAUUCGAACUCGUGUCGACAAUUCCGGCAAAGAAGCUGAUGCAUGUUUUCGACCUUCAAAACCACCAGUACAACCACCAAACGGGAGCGACAGAGAGGGCGAACCCUGGCCAAAUAUUGUCAUUGAAGUUGCGUAUUCUGAAAGCGAACAGCAUGUCCUAGACAAGGUGAAAAAGUAUUGGUUAGGUAAUCUUGACCGUGUCCAUGAUGCAAUAGUCGUCAAAAUCGAUCCAGUUUCUACUGGCCAAAUUCCUAAGCGCAUGCAGGCUUGGCAUUUUUGCAUCUCGGACAAACGUCAUCGAUAUAGAGAUGUCCCACAUCGAACUUAUUUUGAAUUUGGAACCCAUGACAAAGACGGAAAUCCAAUAGAUAUUCAACAGGGUCAAUGUAUUAUCAAAAUUUCACUGGAUUGUUUGUAUCACGAUAAAUUUCCUGAUAUUGUAAUUCCUCGACAACUUCUCCCUGAUCCUAUUGUAUUGGAUUUCUUUUUAAUUCGAGAAUCAUUCCUUCUGUUACUAGAACAAUUAAUCUGUGAUAAAACACUUGCUGAUUAA